GCUGAAUUUGGGACAGGGCCCGCUGGGUGAAAGCAGGCGUUUAGCAGGCUGAGGUCAUUUCCUGCACUGGUAAAGAUGGAGGCAAACGGUCUGAAGCUGAAUUUCUGGGAGAACGGACCGAAACCGGGUCAAUUUUACUCCUUUCCAGGAGCCAGUCACACCACAGACCCAGGAUAUGGACCCAUUAAACACACACUUAACCCCAUGGUGACGGGGACAUCGGUGCUGGGUGUGAAAUUUACUGGUGGUGUCAUCAUCGCUGCUGACAUGCUCGGCUCUUAUGGCUCUCUGGCUCGCUUCCGCAACAUCUCCCGUCUCAUGAAGGUCAAUGACAACACCAUCCUGGGUGCGUCAGGGGACUAUGCAGACUACCAGUACCUCAAACAGAUCAUUGAACAGAUGGUGAUUGAUGAGGAGCUUCUUGGAGAUGGCCACAGCUACAGUCCCAAAGCCAUCCACUCCUGGCUUACACGAGUCAUGUACAAUCGACGCAGCCGGAUGAACCCACUGUGGAAUACUGUUGUUAUUGGUGGAUUCUACAAUGGAGAAAGCUUCCUUGGCUAUGUUGACAAGCUAGGAGUUGCAUAUGAGGCCCCAACAGUAGCUACAGGAUUUGGUGCCUACUUGGCUCAGCCGUUGAUGAGAGAGGUGGUAGAGAACAAGGCUGAAAUAACCAAGGACGAGGCAAGAGCACUUAUAGAGCGAUGCCUCAGAGUACUGUACUACAGAGACGCCCGUUCCUACAACAGACACGAGAUCGCCAUUGUGACUGAGGAGGGUGUUGAGAUUCUUGGACCACUAUCAUCAGAAACAAACUGGGAAAUUGCCAAUUUGGUCAGUGGAUUUGAAUGAAAGCCCCUCCUGCUGAUUCCUUUUUGGCAAUGCAUCAGUGGACAUUUUCACCAUCAGAAAACUGCUUUUCAAGACUACACUUAGUUUAAUUCAUGAUGUUUUCCUGUUUGUUUCUUUUGUUAUACAGAAAUAAAACCCUUAAAAAUG